GAUGAUCUCUGGCGAAGAUUGCCGUCGAAAUGCCGGCUUCAGCUAAAAUUACCGGGAAGUCUGAUUGCGCCCUGUGGAGUUGGGAGACUGUGCUUCGCAUCAGUAGUUAACUAUUCGACACAUCAGGCCUUUGAGUAACCGAUGGCACCUCUCUUUUCCUUCCUAAAGAGACUCCUAGCCGAGGUGGCUCGUCUCUUCUCCCAAUAUUCCAAACGCUUCUUGCUCUCGAUGAUGCACACCAGCGCAAGGAGUCCCAUUGCUUCCAGCAGGACGCCAUACAGGGUCCUUGUUGCUGGAGGAUCGUAUGCUGGUCUGUCAGCAACGCUGAAUUUAUUAGACCUAUGUCAUGGGAAUCCUACUCGUUUCUCUGCCGCUCGGUCUCCAGAGGUAGCAACCUCUUCAAACGAAAGGCUUCCAGUGCAGAUCACCAUAGUGGAUGAAAGAGAUGGUUAUUAUCACCUUAUUGGAGCACCGCUUGUGUUUGCUUCACAAGAUUAUGCUCUAAAAGCGUGGAAGAAAUUUCAGGAUAUCCCCGCCCUCCAAACACCCGAAGUGAAAUGCGUCCAAGGUCGCGUCAUCGCCGUCGAUCCCGAAAGCAAAACAGCUACGGUUCUAGAAGCUGCGACAAAUAACGAAGUUGAAGAGAAAUACGAUUACUUCGUUGCAGCAACUGGACUCUCCAGAAGCUGGCCCAGCGCGCCACAGUCAUUGACUAGAGAGGAAUAUCUGUUAGAGACGAGGAAACAUAUCAAACUCCUUGAAAACGCUCGGGAGAAGAUUGUCAUUAUCGGCGGAGGUGCCGUUGGGGUUGAAAUGGCUGCUGAACUCAAACUUGCACAGCCUGAUAAGUGCGUUACCUUAAUCCAUUCCAGGCCGAAACUCCUCUCCUCAGAGCCGCUUCCAGACGAUUACCGCGACAAUGUCUUCUCGCUCCUCCAGGAAUCCGGCGUCGAGACGAUAAUGAAUUCGCGAGUCCUGGAAAUUGCACCAGAGAUGAGAAGCGGCUUUGCUCCGAGCACCACGCUUAAGCUUGAGGAUGGUAGAACCAUCAAAGCUAGCCAUGUUGUCAGCGCAAUUUCAAGAUACAGACCGACCUCCUCUUAUUUGCCUAGCGAAGCUGUAAAUGAGGAUGGCUAUGUCAAGAUAACUCCAAGACUGAACCUGGCCACAAACAUUGCCAAUGCCAAAUACCACUUUGCGGCCGGCGAUAUUGCUCUGUGGUCCGGAAUUAAAAGAGCAGGUGCCGCAAUGCAUCAAGGACAUUAUGCUGCCAUAAAUAUAUACCAGCAAAUAUGUAGUGAUCUCUUUGCCAAAACGCCGAAAUUUGUUGAACUUGAUCAAGCGCCACCAGUGAUUUGUAUCGCGAUCGGAAAGCAAGCGGCUUCUUGGAGUGAAGAGGACGGCACCCUUUCCGGAACGGACGUAUUGAACCUUUAUUUCAAUGAUGACUUGGGAUAUAAUAUUUGCUGGAAUUACAUGAAGCUAGGAGAACCCCCGAUCACCGAAUGAUUACUCUUUGAGACUGUUAUUUUCAAUGGCGUUAGUUAGGGCAUGGAACGCAAAACGGACUUUAUCAAAUUCGAUCGAGUGGAAAUAACGCGGUAUUUAGGUGUAACUGGAGCAUAACCUUGAGAUUAAAUGCAAUAUAUUGGUAAUUCCCGUUAGAAGGUCGAAAUGUUAGCGAUGAUAGAAACGAUAGGUCUAUUAACGUGCACCCUUAUUCCCAAAAAAAAAAAAAAAAGCCGAAAUCAAAUCUAGUCUAUUUUGCUG